AAUACUUGAACCAAGUCCAUGUAUUAUUAUGUUCCUCUGAUGUGAGUGUGUUGUUGGUUUUACUGCAGGGAGAAGAAGAUCAGUGCCCUGAUCUCCAUCAGGUCUCUGGCUCAGCACCACUCUGAAGUGCUGCUUCCCAGGCUGCAUGACGUCUGCCUGGCUGUCAAUCAAGAGGUGAAGCACCUGCGCUCAGUGGUAUCCCAUGCUGCCAUGGUGACGCUGGCCCACCUGUUUGCUCACCUGGGGCAGGACAUGGACGCAGAGGCUGAGGGCGCAGCCCGGACACUGCUGCCAAAGGCUGGAGAGUCUAACAGCUUCACGAAGGAUAUGGACCUGGCCCUGGGGUACAUGGUGUAUAAUGUCACCCCCACCCGCAGCAUGAAUGCUCUCAUCAACGGAGGACUCAGCCACAAACAUACAGCUGUGAGGAAGAGCACUGCACGUCACUUUGAGAAAGUGACGGAGGUCAUGGGGGCAGCUUAUCUCCUGUCCGGAAAAAAUAACCUGACGGCUCGCUUCAUCCAUGUUGCCAGCUGCCUGGCCCUUGACAAUACACUGGAAGUCAGGAAUCAGGCCCGUAACAUUCUGUCUGUGGUGGCCUCCCAUCCUGACCUCAUCAAGAUGGUGGAGAGGUUCGCCCCACUGAGUGAUCAAAUCCGUGUCAAGGACUUUAUUAACAAAUGCCAGAAAAGACCUUUGCGUUGAACUUCAGAGCCAGCCAUAACGAGACCGCACCCACGGGAUCACAGACACACCCAUACACACAACACAACUAUGUGUUACAAAACACACACACACACACACACACACACACACAGGACAGUGCUGUAGAGACACUAUUGUACAUCCUAUUCACACAUAAAAAAAAACAACAA